CUCAUCCCCGUUGCCAGGAAACGGGAAGGAGCGGCGGCGGCGUCGCGGCCUACAGGCGAAGGAGGAAACAGGCCGGGGAUCGGAACCGCCUGGUUGUCCUGUGUGGGGGAGGCGCGUGGACAGCGCGACAGCGGCAGUUGAGGCUAUUGAGUUGAAGCAGUGAAAACUUCCAAGAACCUUAUGAAGCAGGUGCGUAGGAAUAAAUCUGGGGGGCCUCCCCCAAAGAAGGUUUCCGCCUCUGGAAAAGACAGAAGUGCCGCAGCAGUAGAGACUGCAGAAGAAACCAGACAAAUUGACAUUCUCAGUUCCAAACUGUUGGCUCAGAAGCGGCCGCUUCAAGGUCCGAGCAGUGUGGGAAGUGGCGCUGGUGGGAGUGCUAAUGAUGCCAAAAGGCCAAAGCUCUUGCCUGAAGUGAGUCCUCGCCAGGAAUCUGAAGAUGAGGAUUCCGAAGACAGUGAUUAUGAGAGAGUGGAGAGUGAUAAUGAUGACAGUGAUGAUACAGAUAGUAGUAGCGAUGAUGACGAUGAUGACAAUGAAGAAACUGGCAGCGAUGCCUCAGAAAGCAGUCAUGAAGAGCCAGAUGCUCAGGAAACAACUAGCCAGCCCUCCACAAAUCAUGAUUUAACAAAAGAAUUGUCUUCGAUGUCUUUUGAAGAGCUGCUGCAGUUGAGAAACAAGGUUGGCACCAAGGCUUAUCAGCGGAUGACGACUGGGAAGAAAUUGCCCAAUGCCACCAAAAAGGAGAAGAGGCAGUGCUCAGACAAACACAGGCCACUGGAAAUUUCAGCCAAGAAACCAGCUCCCUUUCUGCGGCAAGUGGUGCCUGUUAGAAAGAAGGUGCCCCGAGACCCCCGCUUUGACAGCCUCUCUGGGGAGUACAAGCCAGAAGUGUUUGAAAAGACCUAUGGCUUCUUGAAUGACCUCCGGAAGAAGGAGAAAGAGGCAGUUCAGAAGCAGCUGAAACGGAGUCGGAACGUGGAGCAGCAAAGCAAGUUGCAAGGGCUCCUGAAGCGAAUGACACAGCAGGAGAAUGCACAGAGGAAACGCCAGAAGGAGAGAGAAAAGGACCUUGCUUUGAAGAGGCAGAGGAGGGAGCUGGCCCAGCAAGGGAAGAAGCCCUUCUAUCUAAAGAAAUCUGAUAAGCAGAAAUUGGAACUGGCUGAGAAGUACAAAGAGCUGAAGAAGAGUGGGAAACUGGAGAGCUUCCUGAGCAAGAAGAGGAGAAGGAAUGCCACUAAGGACAAAAAGAGAUUGCCUUUUAAGAAGGAUGUUUAAUCUCUAGCUGUGGGGGGAGGGGGGGGAAUCUCUGGCUGUGUCAGGUUUGCAGGCAGCUUUGUCAUGGGUGCACAUCUGCUGGUGUAAAUCAAAUCUGGACUGUAUCUCAUAAACCCCCAGCAAGGUAGCCUUGAACAAUCCAUGUUCCUGCCAGUUUGCCAAGAGAAUUCCCAUCCAAUUAACAAAUGAGUCUGAGCAAAACCAAGCCAUCGUGUCCCCAGUCUCCAAGCAUCCUUUUAAGUAGGGAUGUGCAUGGAACCGCGGCCAGGCGGUCCAGAAGUGGUGGGCUUGGCACUUAACCCCCCCCAUCCCCGCCGCAUUUCCCCCACCAGCGUCGUUUAUUUCCAAAAACCUUCGGGGCGGCAGCAUACCUCCCUGCCGCCCCGUUGCCCUCAUUGGCUGGAAGGGGCCAGAAGUACUGGGCGUGCAUGCGCCCCUUGCGUGUGCGCCCAUCUGCCAUGCACAUGUGCACGUGCAAUGGGUGCAUGCGCGCCCGGUACUUCUGGCCACUUCCAGCUGAUGAGGGCAAUGGGGAGGCAGGGAGGCACGCUGCUGCCCCGAAUGUUUUGGAAAUAAACAACACCAGCAGGGGAAAUGCAGCGGAGGGGGGAGUAAGUGCACCCUCCCCCUGCCCUUAAAGUGCCAAGCCUUCGAAUUUCGAACCGGCCCCGGCAUUCGAACCGGUUCGUGCACAUCCCUACUUUUAAGUACUAACUUUUCUUUAGCCUCCAGUGAGGGUGGAGUGGGGGGGGGAUUCUGUUGCUCGCCCGAUGUUGCCUCCACUUCUUCCUCCUUCCAGGGGCCAACCUUAAAGGUUAGCUCACAGGAUGGGAGACGUUUGCCACUGUCAGCUUUCAACCCUCUCUGCUUCUCCCAAGAGACACCACCUUUGCUGCCAGUCCUUUAGUUCUUCCACUAUGCAGCCAGCGUAGGCAUGGGAAUGCCUUGGUCUUCAGCCAUCUACCUACUUGGGGAAAUCUUCAACCCAUACCCCCUUUCCCUGUAGCCUUCCUGCUGCCGCCUAUCAGUGCUGUUUGGCUCUGUUGCCUGUUUUCUCUUCUUAGCCUCCACAGGAACUUUCAGAGUCCCCGAGUAAGCCGUGUGCAUUGGUUGCUCACAUCAGUCUUGCACCAGGCUGCAAGCAAGAGCCUUCCAUAAGGUGGUAACAGUGACACUGCUACUGUGUUCUGUGUGGAGGGAAGGCACAGAGGACUGUCAGUUCUGUUCUUUAGGAAAACAUAGAUCUCUUUUCCAGCCUGCUCAGAUCCUGGCGGGGGACAACUGUUUCCUUUUUUUAAAAUGAAUGUCCAAGCAUAUAACGUUGGGCUGGCCCCUGAGCAAUGUCCUUGAAAUUUUGCACAGAGGUACUAAUCGCAGGGCCUCAUUACUCUGGGGACAAACAGGCAGCGAUCAUUUAGGCAUUGUUCCUUGGAUAACUAAUUGGCACAAUAUCUCUUGUAGUAACGUUUCUCUGAACUUAUCUCCAAAUAAAGUUAUUUUAACAAAAGCAAA